UCCGUUACCAGCGACGGGGACGACGUGAGUGUCGCCGCCACCUCGACCUUCUCCAGUCCACUUGGCAACUUCAACUGGGGUCACUCUUCACCCCUGGACAUGGCGGAAAUACCCCAGGCAGUUGCUUGCUAUGACCGCCCGGUCCUCGCCGAGUCCAGGACAAAUCCACGGCUUCCUGCGACCUUGACUCGGGGCGAUUCCUUCACGGCUGAGAACCUCAGGUGCCAACCUUUCAAGCAUGGACUACAGCGGUUUGUUCCUAGAUGUCCCUCAGCCAAGGAGCUUCGAUUGCAUGUGAUCGGCGACAAUCAGGACGACCUCGCACUCCUUCACGCCAACUACCAGACUGACGUCGAGCGUGAAAAGAUCUUUGUAUCACAGCGCGAAGACUGGCUCGGUCGUUAUGCCAACCUGAAUGGCGUUCACCGUGCAGUCGUGGUGGACUGGCUGGCUGAGCUGGCUGAGGACAACUGGAUUCAUGACAGCACAUAUCACCUGGCUGUCAACUACUUCGACCUGUAUAUGAGUAAAAGUAAUAUGGAUCACGUUCUGUACGACUUGCAAGCAAUCGCCAUAUCCAUGAUCUUUUUUUCCGCCAAGAAAGAGGUGAGGCAACGCUUCAUCACUCCUUCUCAAGUCCAAACAUUCAGCUAACAUACCUCGCAGGAAUUCGACAACUUGCCUCUGUGCAAGAUUCUCGAAUAUGAAACUGAGGGUCUUCCGGACGCCGAAAAGGACGAUGCCUU